UUGAGUAGUUACUUACUGUGUGACCAACCAAAAGUUGUUCAGGAGCCAGGACCUGACAAAAUUAAAGAAGAAAUCAAGUCAAAAGUGCUGAGGCCGGGUCUUUGGUGCUGCUUGCUGUAUGCCAGGUGCUGGAUGUCAGAAGCUGGGUGCUGGGUGUCAGAAGCUGGGUGCUGGGUGUCAGAAGCUGGGUGCUGGGUGUCAGAAGCUGGGUGCUGGGUGUCAGAAGCUGGGUGCUGGGUGUCAGAAGCUGGGUGCUGGGUGCCGUUAGGUCUUGUAGGUUUGGUAACUGGAGGCGCCUCGGGACUUGGCAGGGGAACCGCUGAACAUUUGGUGAAGCAUGGAGGAAGGGUUGUUAUUUGUGACCUUCCAAGUAGUAAGGGCCGUGAGGCUGCAAAACAGCUUGCUGGAAAUGGUGCCUUUGUGCCAGUUGAUGUUACAUCAGAGGAUGAUGUGAAAAAUGCUCUGCAGACAACCGUUGAUAAAUUUGGGAGAUUGGAUGUGGUAGUCAACUGUGCAGGGAUUAUUACUGCUAGCAGAGUUUACAACGUCAAGAAAGAUCAGCCGUUUGACCUAAAGGCUUUCCAAAGGACAAUUGAUGUGAAUUUAAUUGGAACAUUCAAUGUAAUCCGUCUGGCAGUUGGUUUAAUUUCCAAAAAUGCUUCAGACGGAGAUGGACAGAGGGGUGUUAUUAUUAAUACUUCCAGUGUAGCAGCUUUUGAUGGACAAAUAGGUCAAGCAGCUUAUUCAGCAUCUAAGGCUGGCAUUGUAGGGAUGACUUUACCUUUAGCUCGGGAUCUGGCAAAACAAGGAAUCAGAGUUGUAACCAUCGCCCCAGGUAUGUUCCGGACACCACUAGUGGAUGCGAUGCCAGAGAAGGUUCUUCGUGAGUUGGAAGCCGGUGUACCGUUUCCCUCACGCCUUGGUCAGCCCCAUGAGUUUGCUCUCUUAGUGCAAAGCAUCAUCCAAAACCCCAUGCUCAAUGGCGAAACAAUACGGCUAGAUGGCGCUUUAAGGAUGCAGUAG